CCUAUUGUAGUUCCCCACACACUAAUCCUCCAAUGGCUUCACAACUCAUCCUCUUCCUCUCCUUCCUCUUUCUCUCAUUUUCCACUAAUAUUGCAUAUCGCUCUGAGCAUGAGAUCAAGCUCCUUUAUGAAGGUUGGCUGGUUGAAAACCAUAAGAACUACAAUGACCUCUUUGAGAAGGAAAAGAGAUACAGCAUCUUCAAAGAUAACCUUAAGUACAUCGAUGAGCACAAUUCCGGCAACCACUCAUACGCUCUCGGUCUCACCGUCUUUUCCGAUCUCACCAAUGAUGAGUAUCGGAGUACUUAUCUAGGGUUUCUGCCCCCAGGAAUAAACAUGGGCCUCAAGAAGAGUAAUAGGUAUCUCUUCAACGGCCAUGAGUCUUUGCCUGACUCCAUUGAUUGGAGAAAAAAGGGAGCUGUCACCCCAGUGAAAAACCAAAGACAGUGUAACAGUUGUUGGGCGUUUACUGCAAUUGCAUCUAUAGAAGGGGUGAACAAAAUUGUUACAGGAAAAUUGAUAUCAUUAUCAGAACAAGAACUACUAGAUUGUUAUCAAAAGAAUUGCGAUCCCGGGAACACGAAUGAGGCAUUUGAGUUCAUCAUCAAAAAUGGCGGAAUCGAUACAGAGGAAGACUAUCCAUAUAAAUCACAUUAUGUUGGAUGUAAUUUAAAUAAGUUAAAAAGAAAAGUUGUGACUAUCGAUGAUUAUGAGGUUGUUCCUCAAAAUAGUGAAGAUAGCUUGAAGAAGGCUGUAGCUCACCAGCCUGUUAGUGCUGCAAUUGAUGCCAAUAGCGAUGCCUUUCAAUUUUAUCAAAAGGGAGUACUCACUGGAAAUUGUGGGACAGAUAUAGAUCAUGGUGUCACAAUAGUAGGUUAUGGUAGUGAAAAUGGCAAAGAUUAUUGGCUCAUUAAAAACUCAUAUGGGCCUAAUUGGGGAGACUCGGGGUAUGUAAAAAUUCAACGUAAUUCUCAUCAACCUGAAGGGAAAUGUGGCAUUGCUAUGUAUCCAAGUUAUCCCAUAAAAACAAAGCCAAAGGACAACGACAAUCUACUUGAAGAGAAGGCAGUGGAAGACACUCAUGCAGAUUGGCCUAAAACUGAUGCUGAAAGCAAGAUAGCCAUAGAAUGAUGAGUUAGUUGGAUUUGUAGAGAAUAAAGGACUGCUAAUUAAUUAAUAAUGUUUGUAUUAUCAUGCAGUCUUGUACCCUCCCUUAACUUAUCAUGGGCGUUAUAUGUCUUAUAUCUAUGUUAGUUUCUAGUUUUCUAA